AUGAAAUGCAUCAACCUGAUUUGUGGGUUGUUUCUUGUUUUAUGUGCAAGAAACACAUCUGCCAACACAGAAAAGCUUAUAUUUCAAGUCAACCAAAACAUUCCUGCAUGUAGUUUUGAAACACGUUCGAUAUUUGGGGAAACUAUUCAGCCAAACUCAGUUUUGAUCCCACCUUUCACUACAUUGGUCGAUACAAUUAAAACUAUUCAUCCUUCCAACUCUUCGGUUGUAUCAUCCCAUCGACUCUAUCAAUUGGCGGGCCUGACAAGGGGAUCAAACUAUGAAUUAAGACUUUCAUAUCCUGCAAUUCUUAUGUCUGGAUGCGAUGAACAUUUAGCUGAAUCUUUGUCAGAUGAUUUUACAGUAAACUAUUGGGUGGUCGUGACAGGUACACAUACAGGUGUGUCUACUAUUCAGGAUACAACGACUAUUGAGCCUGUUGUUUAUAAUCUCGUUCUAGAGAAACUGUAUGGUGGAUUUCUGUUUUACAACGUAUACAAGAUUGUGUUUUUGAUUGCAGGACUGUUGGCAUUGGGUAGUUGGGUAGUUGUGCCUGCGAUUGAGCGAAUUGUUAAGCCAUGA